GUCGGCUUUGCUUUGCGUCAGGUCAGGACAGGCCUAGCCUAAUAAAUAAGAGGCUGUCAUUACAAAGUAGUCUUCUAGAAUAUAAUACAACCUAGGCUAGUGAGCCAAUUGUUUAGGCCUGGGCCUAGCUAACCAGCCUAGGGGCCUAUUAUUAAUAAUAAUACAAGCCUCUGCCGCCCCAGUUUGUUUAUUUUGUGUCAGUGUGAUCAUGACAACAAGGAGGCCAGGAACAAAGAUCGGCAACUGAAGAAGGCAGUCAAGCGGCGCUCCUCCUCAGUCCGGAGUCCUACCUACUCGCUUAGAGUCUAGGCUUGACGUUUGAAGUAAUUCGGACCGAAAACAAGCUGUAUUUAUUAUAUUAUUUCUACUUUAAGGAAUAAUAUUUCAUAGAAUAAAUUUCUAGUGAGAUUACAAGAUGGGUUGCGGGGCAUCGAAUGCAGUGGCUGGCGGAUAUGCAAUUUCUGUUAAUGACACAUGGAACCAGGUGGAGAGGACGAUUGAAGUGCGUAAACGACCAAACAGCAAACUUGUAGUCAAACGCUCCGGAUGGAAGACUGUUCGGAUAUUUGUAUCCUCAACCUUUAGGGAUUUUCAUGCUGAAAGAGAAACACUGAUUAAAGAGGUGUUUCCUGAUCUGCGGCAAUGGUGUGAGAGUAGACGAUUGCAUCUUGUGGAUUGUGAUUUACGAUGGGGGGUGCCAGUUGAUUCAACAACAGAAGAGACAUUAAGGGUGUGCCUUGGUGAGAUUGAUCGUUGUUAUCAAGACAACAUCAUGCCAUUUUUUCUGAAUCUUACCAGUGUAAACCUUUCUACUACAAUGCUGGAAUCAAUGUCAACAUUAACUUGGUUAUUUCCUGUCGCAGCGUUCCUGACAAGUGUUCCUCAAAAGCAUAAAAAUGACCUGGUUGAUGUGAACCCAAUUGCUCCUGAGAAACUGAAGGUUCUUAAGCAGAUGUUGAAAGAGAGAUUCUUGUCCAAUCAAAUAAAGUUUUAUAGCUGUGAAUAUGAUGGUGUAGACGGUGAUGGCAAGAUAGAGUUGAAAGGUCUUGAGGAGUUUUCAAAAAUGGUAUUUGAUUUUUUUAAAUCCCGUAUUGAGGAGCAGUAUCCACUGGAGGAUGUGACUACAGAUCCUUAUCGACAAGUCAUGGAAAGUCAUGAGUCAUUCAUGAGAAACAGAAGCUCAUUGGUUCUUGGAAGGAAUGAUAUUUUGGAAGAAAUCAAACAGCAUAUUAUUGGUGUCGGUGUUGAUAAACCAUUGCUAUUACUUGGAGGGCCAGGCACAGGAAAAUCUUCAAUUAUGGCAAGAGUUGCUGAGGUUACUGUUGCUAAGGCAAUGUCUAUGGAAAUACCCGGGUCACCUGAUCAGGGCUGGCAUGUGUUCUACCAUUUCGUUGGAGCCAUACCUGGUUCGCCUGAUUUGGAAGCUUGUUUGAAACGACUUCUCAAAGAAAUGAAUGUCAUCAAUGAGAGCAAGAUGCCAAAGGAUUUGGAGACAACUUGUCAGGUGACAUGUAGUGCCUUGUCAAGUCCAAACACAAAGCCGGUCAUCAUCAUCAUUGACGCCCUCAAUCAGUUUGAUGAGUGUAAAGAGUCUACUGUCUUGAAUUGGUUGCCGGUCAAAUUAUCUCCGCAAGUUCGUUGUGUGUUCUCGAUGAUUGAUGAAACCACUCAGCAUAAGACUCUAAAAAGCCGCAAACAUAAACCAGUUGAGCUCUUUGUAACACCUUUGGAUAUGUCUUCAAGAAAGGCAAUUGUUGUUGAAAGUCUUGGAAAAUACAACAAGAAACUUGAUGAAGAACAGAUGUCGAGUUUAUUGAGUAAGGAGUCAUCCCAGAAUCCUCUGUGGUUGUCUAUUGCGUGCGAGGAGCUGCGUGUGUAUGGACUUUUUGAGAAACUCUCCAAAAAGAUUACGAGUCUUCCUGAUGGACUACUCAGCCUUUUGGAAAGCGUUCUUAGUCGAUUUGAAGAAGAAAAUGGAGGACAAGUAGUUGUGGCCACACUUUGUCUUCUUGAAUGUUCCAAGACCGGUCUGCUGGAAAGGGAACUAUUGAUGAUCCUUGGAAACCAAAAGAAUUUGACUCCUUCCAAAAAUCUAAAAAAUCUAAAGAGUGAUGACCAACGAAACUCUGUUCAGUUGUCGGCAUCUCAAUGGGCAAGAGUGUACCGAGUUCUCAAGCCCUUCCUGCGACCAUUUGGCGACAGUGGCGAAGGGCGAUUGGAUUUCUAUCACCGAUCUCUGAGUAAAGCAGUCCGUGCAAAAUAUUUCAAGACUGACUCAUGGAAAAGCAUUUGGUGGCACACUGUGUUAGCAAAUUACUUUGAGACAAUAGAGAACAUGGAUCGGCAGAGUGAAGAGUACCCGUACCAUUUGACAAUAUGUGAAGACAAAGGCCGCUUGAAGGAGUAUUUGAAACAGUGGAGGGUUUUCCAUCACUUUUACCAUCCCGAGUUCAGUGGAGAAUUACUGGCCUAUUGGCGAAGUGUCGGAGAUAAGGCUGAAUUAUAUGAUUGCUAUAAAGAAAACUUGGAGAACAUGACUAAUAACCCAAAUGUUGACAAAGAAGAGAUAUCGCUACACUAUGAGCAAGUUGCCAGAGUUGUGAUGCAGUCAGGGGAUGUGGAUAGAUGUUUUAACUUGCUGCAGACUAGUUUGUCAAUGGAGGAAAAUGACUUAGGAGCUAAACCAAUGAGGAUGAUGGAACUGUACAAUGUUGCUGCCACCAUGCAUAAUGAGCGUUUGACUCUUCAUGAUUUUAUUACGAAAAAAAUGAUGCCUGACUUAAAGGAAUGCAUCAGCAGUCGAAGAAAGGCACUUCGAAUAAGUGAGCAGCUUACAGAAAGAGGGGAAAAGUACAAGUAUGAACGUGCAUUUUCGUUGAUGAAGUUGGCCUUCAAUUUGAAAACUUGGUAUGUUUUGGGUGGAGACAACAACCUACAAGCUCAGGAAGGAUAUGACCUAGGGGUCGAAAGCCUCAAAGAAGCCAAGGAAAUCUAUGAGGAGCUUGGAGACAAAGGACAUAUUUCAGAGUGUAUAAUGAAUGAAGGCCUUCUUCUGGCAGAGGUCAACCAACAGGAAGCACUUGAGCUAUACAAAGCUGCUGAAGUUCUGUGUAUCCAGAUAUACGGGGACGUGAGUGUCCUGUCCAGCCGUUUGUUUACAAACAUCGCCAUCCUCCUUGAAGAGAUGGGCAAUACCAGUGAAGCAUUCAAGUACUUCAAAAGGGGUUUGGAAAGUAAAAUACAGGUCUUCGGAGAUGAUCACCCACAAACAGGACGUUUGAAGAGAGUACUACAAGAGCCUGCUUACCAGAGACUCACAAGCCUUGAGCAAGAACAGCGAAACCAGCAACGGUGAUGAAAUCAAUUGUUAAGCAAGGCUAGGGAAUAAUAGCCAACUCUAACAACUGCAACUGACAAAAUACAACAAUUUAGCAAACAUUACACAUAAAAUUUUAAUAUUUUAAUAUACAGCUACAAAAUAUUUAAAUUCCAAAGGUUAUUUAAAGAAUACCACACAGAACUUGGGGAGACACCAAAGAUCAUUCACUAAAAAAACGGCCGUACAUAACUGAAUUAAGCAGCGUCAUCGGUUUUAUUUGAUGUGUGCAUAUUUGCGAGUACACUCGAUAAAAGCUUAUUUACACAGAGAGCGUGAUAGCACCACAUAACACACAGCACAAAAGAUCCAUUUUGGUAAAGAUAUAGGUAAUGAUAGGAGAAUAACCAUAACUCCCAGCGUCAUUGUGCUGAAUUGCACAUGGAUGUAGGCCGUGACUACCUAGAAGCCAUAGAGAGUAAUUAUUCAUGAUAUCAGAGGAAAUAUGUAAUACAUACAUCAUUCCACAAGAAGAGGGUGUGUGCUGCUGUCAUGUUCUGUGUAUAUAGGCUUUAAAGCUUAUUUUCGAGUGUUUAAUGCAUUUUAGCUAAAAUAGCUCUUAUAGUGAAUAGCUUUGUCCACACUAUCAAAUUAGGAUAUCAGUGAGCCAGAUGUACACUGCGUUUGAUAAAAGUAUAUUCAUAUACUUACUUAAAAUUAGCAUACGAGAAGUCUGAAAUACUUAGAAUCAAUCUUCAGAAUUAGAAAAAUAACACUAAACAUAAGUGGUCAUGCAAGCCAAUAUUUAAUUGUUUAAACAAGAAUUGCACUUUGUGUAUAUAAUCCUUUUCUUGGUAAAAUAAAUAUUUUUAAAAUCAAUGAACUCAUUGGUU